AAUCAUCAAAUAACAUGGCAGACAAGAAAGAAGUCGAUGUAUAUUCCUCCUUUGAACAGAGAUUUAACUGCCUAAUCUGUUGGUCUCCAAGAUUACGAAUGGUAUUUGGGUUAUGCCAACAUCGUUUGUGUGAAAAUUGCCUUUAUAACUCGUYUGGGAUACGAAGAAUUGGACUCGAAAAAUGUCCGACAUGUCAAAUGGAUUCGGCUUUUCCGUUGUUUAAGCCAAGCAUUCCCGAAGACAACAUUGCCAUUCAACGUCAGUUAGGUGUUGUUGAGUGUUCUAACAGUGGCUGUGAAGCGGAGAUGUGGAUUUGGGAGCUUGACAAUCAUUUGAGCGAAUGCGGCUUCUCUAGAGUGAAGUCAGAGCAAGAACAAACUCCAAAGAAGAAGAAAACGAAGUAUUCACCGGCAAAAACUCGAAGCAGUGGGUACAAUUUAAGGAAUACAAAUAAGAGAUACUCCCCAGGAAAAUACGACAAUAUGGUCAGAACAAGAUCAUCAAAGAGGAAACUCAACUCAAUAUGAACUGUAAGCUUAAUAAGCUUUAAAUACUAAUGAAACAAUAUGCWAAUUAUGUUAAAACAUAGUUAUUGAGACUUUCUACUUAUCACGAGAACAUCUAGAAAGUCAAAAUGUACAGCAGAUAUAUAUAAAUUGGAGUCUUCAAUGCAGCCAGAAUCUUCUUGGUAGAGUUGUCAUGUUAUACAACAUUAAAUGGGAUUUGUCCCGAGAAGAUUAUGAUGAAAUGAUAAUAAAUAAUAAUUAUUAUAUAAAAUCUGUAAAUAUAUUUAAUGUUACUUUGAUGUAUUAAUUUGGUGGUGACUUUGAUUGUUGAAGGUUUACCACAUUUGUCUCUAAUUCAGACAAAAUACAAUUUUUCU